AUGUCAGAUUUAUUAUUAAUUCCAGGUCCAAUUAUGGUGUCUUCGGCUGUCGAGGAAGCCGCCAGCAUUCAAUCGUUGGCUCAUACCUCUCCAGAAUUUGUUAAGAUCUUUCAAGGGGCGUUGCAAAAGUUGAGAACAGUUUUCCAAACAAGUAAUGCUGGUGACCAACCUAUUGUCAUUUCUGGUUCCGGUACCCUAGGAUGGGAUAUCGUCGGUAACAACUUGUUAAAGUCCGGAGACUCAGCGUUGACAAUUUCUACCGGAUUCUUCUCAGAUUCAUUUGCUGAAUGUUUGAAAACGUACGGUGCUGAUGUCGAUGUGUUAAAGAGCGAACCAGGUAAAGUCGUUGCGUUAGACAAAAUUGAAUCUCAAUUAAAGUCCAAGAAAUACCAAUUGAUCACUUUGACUCACGUCGAUACCUCUACUGCUACCCUAUUGGAUCUCCCAUCAAUCACCUCGUUGGUGAAGAAAGUUUCUCCAGAAACUUUCAUUAUUGUUGACGGUGUUUGUUCCAUUGGAUGCGAAGAAUUUAAAUUCUCCGAAUGGUCUGUCGAUUUCGUUUUGACCGCAUCUCAAAAGGCGUUAUCAUGUCCUUCUGGGUUAAGUGUUUCUUUGAUCAGUGAACGCGCCUUAUCAUACGCUUUGAGCAACGAAUCCACCCAUGGAUUCUAUGCUAACUUAAAGAAAUGGAUCCCAAUCAUGAAAGCAUACGAAGCUGGUGUAGGCCAAUAUUUCGCUACUCCAUCAAUUCAAUUAGUUAACGCAUUAAACGUCUCCCUUGGAGAAAUCUUGUCCUAUGGACUCGAGGCCAGAAUCGCCAAGAACAAGAAAACUUCUGACCAGUUCAAAAAUAACUUGAAACAAUUGGGUCUCACUUUGGUCUCAGAGGAUUCCAACAGCGCUCAUGGAUUGACUGCCGUAUACGUCGACCAACCAGGUAAAGUGAUCUCUUCCUUGAAAUCAAAGGGUAUAGUCAUCGCCGGUGGAAUCUUACCCGGCAUCAAGGACAAGUAUAUCCGAAUUGGUCACAUGGGUAUCUCUGCCAUCGAUGACAACUUGCACCACAUCGACAAGGUAUUCGAAGCAAUCAAGGAAUCUAUUUAA